ACUUUCUCUGAAGGCCCAGGCCCAAGACAAAGGAAGUGGAAUGGGAGAAGAUGAAAUGGAAUCAAAGACAGUCAUACUCCAGGUGAAGUGAAUAUGAAUAUGGAUGUGCAUUUCCCUUAACAAGUGAAAGUGAAAGUGAAAACAUGCAUAUGUAUGGAUACAGAGCAAGGGUUUUUCUGCGCUCAAUUUCACUUUGUAAAUCAAAGUGGCAUAAUCACCAUCUCCAUGGAAGUCUAAUCCAUUUCUCUCAAAAUCUCACCUCCACAGCUGGUCGUGAAUUUACGGAAUUUGCAACAGAACCGUCUAUGCAGAGGCAAGUUGUGGAGGCACUCCACUCGGGUGACAGAAAGAAGGCUUCAGACUUACUUUCGGAUUUUGGUUCCAGAAGCCGCCACUCAUUAACAGCUGACCAUUUUGUUCACAUUUUUGAGUACUGUGCUCGCUCUCCUGAUCCUUUGUUUGUUAUGGAGAUUUUGAGAUUCAUGGAGUUAAAAGGUGUUAGCAUGAACAAUAUAUGCUCAUCUCUUAUGAUGCAGGCCCUUUGUAAUGGGGGUUACUUGGAAGAGGCCUUUGAUAUCGUUGAUUAUCUUGGAGGAAGUCAACGUCUCUAUCCAGUUCUCCCACUGUACAAUAGUCUCUUAAGAUCCUGCACAACAAUGCAGAAUAUAAUUCAAGCAAGCAGAUGUUUGGACUUAAUGGAAAAGAAGAUGGUAGGGAAGAAUGAAGUUACAUAUAUUGAGCUUCUCAAGCUUGCAGUUUUGCAGAAAAACUUGCCUGCAGCUCAUCUCAUUUGGCAGGAGUAUAUUAAAAACUAUAGCAUGAGUAUCAUGGCUCUGGAUAGAUUCAUUUGGUCAUUUACAAGGUUAGGAGAUUUAGAAUCUGCAUAUAAAAUACUACUAGAAAUGAUUUCAUUAGCCACCAGGGGAAACAUUCCUAUUGCUAGAACAGUUCAUGGGAAGGUGUAUACUAAUAGACUGGACAUCCCUGUGCCUUCAAAUAAAGGGCCAGGCUCAACCAUGUUGGACUUGAAGGAGAACAAAAAAUUGGACUAUUGUAUGCACCCUCCUCUUAUGUAUAUACCUGACAGUAUUUCUGCAAGUAUAGAGCAACAGAUUAUUUGCAUGGGGAAUAAAAAAGCUAAGAGUACUGAAUUAGCUGGGCUGAAUGGGCAAAAACAUCCGCUGCUUAAGAAGGCGUUGAGUCGGUCUUUUGAUGAUAUAAUACAUGGGUGUGCAAAACAAAAGAAUCAUAUGCUUGCAAGGAAGCUUAUGUUACAGAUGACAAAUCUUGGUUUGCAGCCAUCCAGACAUACAUAUAAUGGCAUUAUUAAAGUUGUUUCUCAUAGAAGCUUUGGGGAUGCCAUAAGAGUGUUGAAAAAGAUGCAGCAGAAGAAUUUGAAGCCAUAUGAUUCAACUCUAGCGUCACUUUCAAUCACUUGCAGCAAAGCACUACAACUAGAUUUAGCUGAGGCUUUUCUGAAUCAAAUUUCUGAAUGUCUAUAUCCAAAUCCUUAUAAUGCUUUGCUAGCAUCAUGCGAUCAACUGAAUCAACUUGAACGUGCUAUUCGAGUGUUUGCCAAGAUGGAGCAGAAAAAAGUUUUACCUAAUAUCAGGACAUGCGAGCUUCUGUUUUCGUUAUUUGGAGUUGUAAAUGGCCAUUACGAAGACAGUGAUGCGCUGUCAAAGGUGGAUGUUGCUAAAAGAAUAAAUGCUAUACAAAAGCAUAUGGCCAACAAUGGCAUUCAGCAUAGUCACCUUUCAAUGAAUAAAUUAAUGAGAGCCCUUGGAGAAGAAGGGAUGAUAAAAGAGUUGAUCCAGUAUUUACAUGUGGCAGAAAAUCUUUUCAUUUAUAGAAACCCUUCAUUGGGAACACAUAUGUACAACACAGUGUUACAUUAUCUUGUUGAAGCCAAGGAAAGUGACACGGUGAUUGCAAUUUUCAAGAAGAUGAAGUUAUGUGGCUGCCACCCUGAUUCUGAAACAUACAAUAUAAUGAUUGACUGUUGUACCAUCCUAAAAAGUUACAGAUCUGCUUGUUUGCUGCUUUCAAUGAUGAUACGGAAAGGGUUUCAUCCAGUGAUUUGUACAUAUAACGCUAUCAUUGAGAUUUUGUUGGAAGAUGAGAACUUUAAUGAAGCCCUGAAUCUUUUGAAACAAGUCAUAUUGGAUGGCAUUCAACCUGAUGUACUGCUGUUUAAUACAGUUCUUAAAGAAGCAUGCUACAAGGGAAGGAUUGAUGUAAUUGAGUUUAUUGUGGAGUGUAUGCGCCGAGAGAAAGUUCCCCCAGAUACAAGAACAUGUGGCUAUGUCUUCUCUGCAUAUGUAGAUUCUGGUUUUCACAAUACAGCAAUUGAAGCAUUGCAGGUUUUAAGUUUGCGUAUGAUGUCUGAAGAUGGCAACAUACUUAGAGAGAAUACAAAUUUUGUGAAUGAAUUCAUCCUAUCUGAAGAUGUGGCUGUUGUUGAGUCACAGAUACUUAAAUUAUUUGAAGAUUCUGAAGAUGAACUUGCAAUUGGGUUGUUGAAUUUAAGAUGGUGUGCAAUAGCUGGGUUCCCAAUCUGCAAGUCAGCUGAUCAAAGUCUAUGGGCUAAAAGACUGGAAGGAAUGCAAUUGUGAGCCUGAGUCCUACCAAGACACCCAAUUAGAUACAAUUGCUUGAUGGUUUUGAUGAAGAAAUUGUCUUGGGUGAAUUUUCUUUAGGGAGACCUCCAUGAAAGGGUUGCGGGGUGGGGAGUGGGGUUCAGUAGUGGAGAGACGCAGGCGCUGUAUCAUAUCUUGUGUCAACUGUAGCCAUAAUUCAGAAUAAUGUAUUAUGAAAUAAGAUUUAACUUUUGUACGCCAAACAUGAAAUUUGACUUUUUAACUCCCUUCUC